AAUUUCCCCAAUCCCCAGAAUGUUUCGCUCUCUUUUGCUUUGUUUGAUGCCAAGAACAAGCUACCCCUCAUCUCCGAGUUUUUUUAGGUUGCAAUCGGAUCAUGUUCGCUGCUAGAACAGCCGGGUUGGAAAAGUCGUUUGUCGUGCAGGACGUUACAUCCACUCUCUCUGACGGUGCAAUUAAGCGGCGGAAAACAGGCGGAAAACUCGUGGGGAACUACCCCGCAUGUUGAUCACUUCCCCGUUGGCUUAUGGUUAUUGGACUAGCGGUGGAUUUCCUCCUUGCUGAUCUCUGGGGAACGGCCGAUAAUUCUGACGAAGCUAAGGUUCGUGGCCUGCUGGGUGAGCCGGCGCAUCGCGAAGAUGACCGGCGAACCCGGAGAGGCCGCAUAUGCAAGGUGAAAGGAAGAUUGUAUAAAUAUCGGGUGUUUUCACCGCGAAACCUCUUCAUCGCUGUAGAAGGGUCGAUAACCAUCCUGCUCCGACAUCAAACUCCUCCCAACUCCCUUCGUCCUUGGUUCUCAUCCUCACACGGAACGAUGGGCCUCUCGUUGAGACAUCUAGCCGUUGCUGCCUCCGCAUCAGUUUUCACUGGUCGCGUGUUGGCACAAAAUGGCUCAGCCGCAGGUAUUGUCGUUGAUGGCAAGUCCUUCGCCCUCAAUGGCGACCACUCCUCAUACCGCUUCCAUGUGGAUGAGCUGACGGGUGACCUCUUGUCUGACCACUUCGGAGGGUCGGCUACGGAGAGCAUGGAAAUGCUCGCCCCGGAAAUCAAUGGCUGGGUUGACAUGAUCGGCCGGGUUAGACGAGAAUACCCCGACCUUGGACGUGGAGACUUCCGUGUCCCCGCAGUACAAAUUCACCAGUCUGAGGGAUACACGGUCAGCGACCUCCAAUAUCGAUCCCACAGAGUCACGGCCGGAAAGCCUGGCUUGCCGGGUCUCCCGGCAACAUUUGGAACCGAUAACGAGGUCUCUACAUUGGUCGUUUCUCUCUACGACAACUACAGCUCCAUUGCCGUCGAUCUUUCGUACUCAAUCUUCCCCAAGUAUGAUGCCAUUGUGCGAAGCGUCAACAUCACCAACGAGGGGGAGGGCAACAUCACUAUCGCUAAGGCGGCAAGUCUCAGCGUUGAUCUGCCAUUUGAAGACCUUGAGAUGAUCGAAUUGAGAGGUGACUGGGCCCGCGAAGCCAUGAGAGUCCGGAGGAAGGUUGGCUAUGGCACGCAAGGCUUCGGAAGUACGACUGGGUACUCAUCCCAUCUUCACAACCCAUUCUUGGCUCUCGUCUCUCCAGACACUACCGAGUCCCAAGGCGAGGCCUGGGGAUUCUCUCUUGUCUACACCGGCUCGUUUUCCGUUGACGUAGAAAAAGGAUCCCAGGGGUUCACCCGUGCAAUGCUUGGCUUCAACCCAUAUCAACUCUCGUGGCCUCUUGGACCGGGAGAGACUCUCACUACUCCCGAGGUUGUCGCUGUAUACUCAGAUGCCGGUGUAGGUGGCGUGUCCCGGAAGUUCCACCGACUCUAUCGCAACCACCUCAUGAGGGGUCAGUUCGUCGACCAGACUCGUCCCGCAUUGCUCAACAGCUGGGAGGGUCUCUACUUUGACUACAACGAGAGUACCGUCUACGACCUGGCACAAGAAGCGGCGCAACUCGGCGUCAAGCUCUUCGUGCUGGACGACGGAUGGUUUGGCGAAGAGUACCCCCGUCUGAACGACACAGCCGGCCUUGGCGACUGGGAAGUCAAUGCGCAGCGCUUCCCUGAUGGACUCCCAGCUCUCGUCAACAAGGUCACCAAUCUCGAGGUCACCAACACGACAGAUAAGCUUCAGUUCGGUCUUUGGUUUGAGCCAGAGAUGGUCAACCCCAACUCUACUCUUUACCAUGAGCACCCUGACUGGGCUCUCCACGCCGGCAACUACCCUCGAACGAUCAGGCGAAACCAGCUUGUGCUUAACGUGGCGCUCCCAGAGGUGCAGGAAUUCAUCAUUGACUCCGUCUCCAAGAUCCUCUCCAGCGCCCCCAUCUCUUACGUCAAGUGGGACAAUAACAGAGGCUUCCACGAGACCCCCGUCCCAGGCAUCGGACACUCGUACAUGUUGGGCAUCUACCACGUCUUUGAGGUCCUCACCUCGCGAUUCCCAGAUGUGCUGUGGGAAGGUUGCGCAUCCGGAGGCGGCCGCUUCGACCCCGGCGUCCUUCACUACUUCCCUCAAAUCUGGACAUCUGACAACACCGACGCCUUGGACCGCAUCUCCAUUCAGUUCGGAACUUCCCUGGCGUACCCUCUUUCCGCUAUGGGAGCCCACGUCUCCGCGGUGCCCAACCACCUCACUGGUCGCACGAUUCCCAUCAAGUUCCGUGCUCACGUCGCCAUGAUGGGUGGAUCCUUCGGGCUCGAGCUGAACCCGGCCGUGAUCUCCGCCGAGGAUAAGGUGCAGAUCCCCGAGCUGCUGGCCUUGGGCGAGGUGGUCAAUCCUAUUGUGAUUGGAGGCGACUUGUGGCGUCUCAGUCUGCCAGAGGAGUCCAACUGGCCGGCUGCCAUGGUCAUCUCGGAGGACGGGUCGCAGGGUGUGCUGUUCUACUUCCAGGUGCGGGCGCUGUACAACCAUGCCCUGCCGCGGCUUCGACUCCAAGGACUGGACCCGACGGCCAAGUACUCUUUGGAUAACAACGGCACCUACUCUGGUGCUACGCUGAUGAGCAAUGGUGUACAGUACGCUUUUGAUGGUGACUACGACAGCCGUGUUGUGCUUAUUUCGAAGGUAUGAUAGAAGCGCUGGAUGAAUUGGUGGACGGCAUUCUUGCGGAGAUGACUAGAGUGACUUUUAAGCAGAAGCCUGAGUGAUAGCUAUAAUUAAUCCUAAUCACUUGAC